UCUACAAAUGACAUGGAAAUUUAAUUAGAUACUUAGUUCUUGUUUAUAGCUUGUCAUACAUAUUUACAAACACAGUUUUGCUUUGAUUUUAAAGCAAGUUACUAAAUUAAACUUUUUGCUUUCUAAACAGUAAGGAAAUGAGUAUGCUGUUGAUAAUCACAGAAAAUAGAAAUAAUUGAAGAGAUGAUAAUUUUUCAACUUGUGUUAGUAUUAAAAGUUCAAAGUGAAGAAGAGCAAAAUGUUUCCAAGACAGCUCAGACGUCUCGGAUUACGAUUGUGUGUUGUUAUAGGACUGUUUUGGUUGGGGACUGUGUUUUUAGGUUUAAAAAUGUCAUUGGAUAAUGUUAACAAUACUCAAAUAGAUUUGAACGUAAAUAACUUUUUAGAAAUAGAAGAGAAAAGGGCUCUUUUAAAUGCAAAUAUUCAUAAUAAUAUAGAAUCUCGUAAAUGGGUAAGUGCAAAUAAUAGCAAUGAUCAGAUAUCAAGUGUACCGAAACCGUUUGAAAAUAAACCAAUCAAAGAAAAUAAAAACUCCACUAAAGUCGUUCCUGACAAACUCGAACCAAACGGAAGUGGUAAAGAAGCCUACGAGGAUGAUGUGGCACAGAUAGGAGCUCCAGUUGAUCGAGCUGACAAGGACAGACCCCUCGAUGCCCCGGGCGAGAUGGGCAAACCCGUGUACAUUGCCAAAGAAAAACUGACCAAGGAGCAGCAAGCGGACUUCGACAAGGGAUGGCAAGACAACGCCUUUAACCGUUACGCCAGUGAUAUGAUAUCUCUGCAUAGGGCACUUCCGGAUGUACGGGCUGAAACUUGCAAGACGAUAAAUUACGGCACAAACCUCCCCAGUGCAUGUGUCAUAAUCAUUUUUCACAACGAGGCUUGGAGCGUUCUUUUGCGAACCAUUCACAGCGUUAUCGACCGAUCCGAGCCGAACCUUUUAAAACAGAUAAUUGUUGUGGAUGAUUUUUCUGACUUUGAUCAUCUGAAGGAUCCACUCCAAGAGUACAUCGACCAGUUGGACAAAGUGACAUUGGUACGGGCACAUGAGAGGUCCGGGCUCAUAAGGGCUCGGCUCAUGGGCUUCGACAAGUGCACAGCAGCGGUGGCCAUCUUCCUUGACUCACAUUGUGAAACUACGGAAGGAUGGCUUCUGCCUCUGCUUGCCCGUAUCAACGAAAAUGAAACAAACGUUCUAGUUCCGGUAAUUGACGUUAUUGAUCAGGAUACGUUUUCAUACGGGUAUAGACAAAACCCAGAUGCUAAGGACAUGCUUGUUGGUGGUUUUGAUUGGGGGCUAUUGUUCAAUUGGCAUCCGGUCCCUGAGCUGGAGCUGAACAGAAUCGAAUAUAAAACUAAUGUACCUGUACGAACUCCGACAAUGGCAGGUGGGUUAUUUGCCAUCAGUAGUAAUUUUUUCACAAAGCUUGGAACAUAUGACAGUGGAUUCGACAUUUGGGGUGGGGAAAACCUAGAGCUCUCGUUCAAAACGUGGAUGUGCGGGGGUACGCUUGAGACGAUCCCCUGCUCACAUGUUGGUCACGUGUUCCAGAAGAGAAGUCCAUACAAGUGGGACUCGAAGAGGAAUGUGGUGAAGAGAAACUUGGUCCGCCUCGCGGAAGUUUGGCUGGAUGAGUUCAAGGAAUAUUACUACCAAAGGAUCGGGAGAGACCUGGGGGAGUUCGGUGAUGUGAGUGAUCGCAAAGCAUUGCGGGAAAAGCUUCAGUGUAAGAGCUUUAAAUGGUAUCUGAACAACAUCUACCCUGAACUGUUUCUACCGGGGGAAGCCGUAGCAUCUGGAGAGAUUCGCAACUACGAUCGCUCAAUGUGUGUGGACGCGCGCACGGAGCCGGGUAAUAACGGAGGGAAAAUAUCAAUGUACCCGUGCCACGGCCAGGGCGGGAACCAGUAUUGGUUGAUUAGCAAGGAGGAUGAAAUCAGGCGUGACGAGAAUUGCUUGGACGCUACUGACGGCACACUGUUGAAGGUCAUACCGUGUCAUGGCCAGAAAGGACACCAAGUCUUCAAGUACAGAGAGGACGACACUAUCUACAAUCCUGCGUACGGCAAGUGUCUCGAGAUGUCAUGGGACGCCCAAAGUGUAAACAUGGCGCCGUGUGUCGCUAGCAGUCGGCAAAAGUGGAAAAUGCUGCGCAAAAAGCCGGACCUUCCGGGACGGGUGUAA